GUCUGUCUUGAACCCCCUUUGAAGGGCCCUUCUCUUCCUACUAGUGGUGGUGUACGUGCGGAAUGCGAAACUGAUGGUGGUUGCUUCAUAGAAAUAGAAUAAAGGGUUGCUCUGCGCACAUCUGACAGAAACAGCCUAUGACGUAGCAAUCAGCCUUGGUUCGUGGCUUGAUAAAUGGCUCAUGAAAGCAAACAAUUAAACUGGUCUAUUUAGUUUGAAACAAGGGAGCUACAUCAGAGGAUUUAAACGGAGAGAUAUCACCAGACAUACAGCAACAUAAGGUAGCUAUAACCUUGGAGUUUGUGGGUGGCUUUGUACGGCAGAUUUUCAAGAAUACGCCAUCUUUGCUGCCAUCUUACAUAGCCAGCCUCGACGAUUCGAGCCUCGUAGAGACAAGCUCCUUCAUUUUUACACGAGUUAACGUUGCAUGACAUUUAAACCGGAAUAAAUGUAUUGACCAACCGGUUAAUUGUGGAAGACGGUGCUGUUUUAAGAUGAGAAACACCUUGACAUUUGUCGUCCUAUGAUCAAAGAAAGAGUAAAAACCAGCUGCCUGGAGAGGACAUACUUUUACUCUAACAAAAUACAUCUUUAAAGCGUCCAUUUGUAUCAGUUACUUUGUUGCAAGGGACUGGUUACAUGCUAUAUAUUAGCCGAUUAAAGUCAAGGCCAGAGGUAGGCAUCUCGAUUCACUCGCGGGCCGAUUUUUGUCGGAGCGAAUGCAUGGUUCAGGGGGGGAUAACAUAAUUAUAAUAAUUAGUACACUAACUACAAAUGGACAACUAUGCCCAAAAAGACAGGUAGUGAUUGAGUAAAAGUUUUAGGAUGCGGUAUUGUUGUGGGCUCAAUAAUGACAGAGUGAGUGAGGGAUAUUAUGUGAGAUACCUCAAAGCUAGUGUUGGGCCGAGUCAACAAGAAGCCAUGAGACCAAUUCAGAACUAAUAGCCUAGCCUAAACAUUCCUUCCAACUUAAUUCCCUUGCUAAAAUGAACAAUUUUUGUUAAUGCUUAGUGGUUAAGAGCGUUGUGCCAGUAACCGAAAGGUCGCUGGUUCUAAUCCCCAAGCUGACUAGGUGAAAAAUCUGUCGAUGUGUCCUUGAGCAAGGUACUUAACCCUAAUUGCUCCAGUAAGUCGCUCUGGAUAAGAGCGUCUGCUAAAUGACAAUUAAAAUAUAUAUAUAUGUCUCCACACAUGCUACUGAUUAACGGUAUACAGCACUCAGUAGAUUUUGAAGUACAGUAGGCUCUCCCUGUGGAGCCUGGACCCUGAUCUUGAACCUGUUGGUGGUCACAAUGACAAUUAGUCUACUGUAAUGGUAGUCUGAUACUUAAUUUUCCCCAAAUGCUCUAUGUUCCUGUUAAGAGAUGUAAAGCAGAAGUGAAAAAGGAGAGAAAGCAGGAAAAAAUAAUAAUAUAUGUAUUCACUAACUGUAAGUCGCUCUGGAUAAGAGCGUCUGCUAAAUGACUAAAAUGUAUGUGGUGGUUUCACAGCAAAAGGGAACAGAAAUGUAACCUCUCAGUGCUGACAGUAAAAUAUUUACAUACUCACGCAAUAUUUAGACUAGGGGAAGCACUUGCUUUAUUAGUGCAUAGCCAAUAAACUUUGUUGAUUGUUCGAGAACACCCCCUAUUCGGCAGACAGUGGUUCACUAAACCAAGGGAGGAUUUAAGUCUUUGGAAAGAAAACACAAAUAAAUGCUGUUCUGUCAAAAAGUAACAUACUAUACAGUGAGCUCCAUAAUUCAUUGGACAGUGACCAUUGUUUUGUUAUUUUGGUUCUGUACUCUAGCACUUUGAGUUUGAAAGGAUACAAUGACAAUGAGCGUGAAGUGCAGACUGUCAGCUUUAAUUUGAGGGUAUUUUCAUACAUAUCGGAUGAACCGUUUAGAAAUGACAGCACCUUUUGUACAUGGUCCCCCCAUUUUAAGGUACUACAAGUAUUUGUUAAAUUGGCUUCACAGAUGUGUGUCGUUAGGCAGGUGUAUUCAUUUGUGUCGUUAGUGAAUGCAGGAGAGCUGUUGAUGAAUAGUAAUGAUUCUAGACGUUGCUAUUGCCUUUGGAGGUUGUUAUUGGGGUGUGACAACAUGAGGAAGACAGCAGUGUCGAUGCAAAUGAAGUUGGACGUCAUAAGGCUCAGAAAUGAAAAUCAAUCAUUCAGGAACAUUGCAAAAACCCUGGCCAUGCCCAAGUCAACAGUUUUGUUCAUCAUUAACAAGAAAAAAACAACCGGUGAACUCAAUUAUGUCAAAAGACCCGGUAGACAGAGGAAGACCACUGUAGUGGAUGACCGGAGAAUACUCUCUAUGGUGAAGAAAAAACCCCUGAUAACAGAUCAAAAACACUCUCCUGGAUGCAGGUGUAAAUGUGUCAAAGUCUACCAUACGCAGAAGACUACACCAGCAGGACUACAGAGGGUACACUACAAGAUGCAAACCACUGAUAAGCCUGAAGAACAGAAAGGCAAGAUUACAGUUUGCUAAAAAGCACCUAAAAGAGCCCCAAGAGUUCUGGAAAAAAGUAUUGUGGACAGAUGAGACAAAGAUUAACAUGUACCAGAGUGAUGGAAAGACAAAAGUGUGGAGAAAAAAAAGAAAUGCCCAUGAUCCAAAGCAUACCACCUCAUCCAUGAAACAUGGUGGAGGGGGUGUUAUGGCUUGGGCCUGUAUGGCUGCCAGUGGAACAGGCUCACUUGUCUUCAUCGAUGAUGUGACUGCAGACAGAAGUAGAACAAUGAAUUCUGAAGUCUACAGAAAUAUUUUAUCUGCUCAGAUAAAACCAAAUGCCUCCAAACUCAUUGGACGGCACUUAAUCAUGCAACAAGAGUUCCCCAGACCAAAAAAUGACCCUAAACAUACUGCUAGAGCAACAAAGGGGUUUUUGAUGGCCAAAAAGUGGAAAAUCCUUGACUGGCGGAGUCAAUCACCAGAUCUGAAUCCAAUUGAACAUGCAUUUUACAUGCUGAAGAGGAGACUUAAGGCAAUAAGUCCCCGAAACAAGCAGGAACUUAAGAUGGCUGCAGUACAGGCCUGGCAGAGCAUCACCAGGGAAGAUACCCAGCGUCUGGUGAUGGCGAUGCAUCGCAGACUUCAAGCAGUCAUUGCAUGCAAAGGAUAUGCGACCAAAUAUUAACAAUGAUUACUUUAUUCUACAUUAUGUUAAACUGUCCAAUGUUUUUUGAUGCCCGAAAAUGGGGGGGACCAUGUACAAAAGCUUUUAUAAUUCGUAAACGGUUCAUCCGAUAUGUAUGAAAAUACCCUCAAAUUAAAGCUGACAGUCUGCACUUCACCCUCAUUGUCAUUGUAUCCUUUCAAACUCAAAGUGCUAGAGUACAGAACCAAAAUAACAAAAGAAUGGUCACUGUCCAGUGAAUUAUGGAGCUCACUGUAUAUCAAAGUCCAACCCUAUAACAACUGUGCCUCUGCAGAAUGUUUACCAUGGAGGAGCACGAGAAGGCCACCCUCAGGCAGUGUGUGCAGGCUCGCUGUCAGCUGGAGGAGGCCAUCAGUGGGGUGACGAGGGCUGAGGCCCAGCUCAAGGAUAACUCCAGAGAGGUGAGUCAGCCAUCAGAAGACCCUCUUACAGCCCUUGGCCCCACCCAGGGAUGACACAGUUCUAGUGGCUCAGUAGGAACUCCCACGGGGUCAGUCUUCAUGCCCCGGUUAUGUCAGGACAUACAAUGGGCACUAUGCUGUAAACACAGUGCUUUUCAUGGAUUUAGGACAAGCACCAUGGUUAGUCACCCCAGGCCUCAGGAAGGCAGAUGGCUUUGGGUGUGUAUGUUUUGAUGUGCUGGGAAGCCUAGCACACCUGGCAGGGUAAUCAUUAGUUUUCCACAAACUGAUCCAUGGCAUUAUUGUAUGUCAUAACUGCGGCAGACACGCUAAGCCCUGACAUGUUAGAGAUGUGUUGUUAAAAUGGGUCUUUGUCCUCCUGUCGUGACCACAGUUAAUGAUUAGUAUGUGGCUCAUGUUAUGAGGGUGAGAAGGGGAACCGGAGAGACCAAUAAUUGAAACAUGACUACGGGAUAGAGUUCCCCAGACCUGCCUUUAUAAGGCAGCAGCAGGGGGAGAGGCUGGUCAUUGCAGUCUGCGAGGACUCCGACAGCAGAGUAUCCACUACUGCAGCAGCUCACUUCUCAUUGCGUCUUAGAGAAUCAUCCAGCCUUUUUCUGACUAACCAGCAGAGGAAUAGGUAAAACCUUAUGUUAUUGCCCUUCUUCUUUGCCCUUAUGCUAGGAGCAGAUUGCAGAUGGGUGUGUAGGUCAUUGCGCUGUCUUGUCUGUGUGUCUGACCUUGCUUAGCGUCAGCAGCAGGAGAUUAAAGAACCUGCUCAGCCCCUGAGUGCUCCGUAUCAGAGAGACAUCUCAGGGCCGUGACUUGACAGCAGUGUUUGUAUUUGUGUGUGUACGUAUUCUCGUAUCUAUCUAUCUAUCUAAUACAUACACUACCGUUCAAAAGUUUGGGGUCACUUAGAAAUGUCCUUGUUUUCGAAAGAAAAGCAUUUUUUAAAAAUAACAUCAAAUUGAUCAGAAAUACAGUGUAGACAUUGUUAAUGUUGUAAAUGGCUAUUGUAGCUGGAAAUGGCUGAUUUGUAAUGGAAUAUCUACAUAGGCAUACAGAGGCCCAUUAUCAGCAACCAUCAGUCCUGUGUUCCAAUGGCACGUUGUUUGCUAAUCCAAGUUUAUCAUUUUAAAAGGCUAAUUGAUCAUUAGAAAACCCUUUUGCAAUUAUGUUAGCGCAGCUGAAAACUGUUGUGCUGAUUUAAAGAAGCAAUAAAACUGGCCUUCUUGAGACUAGUUGAGUAUCUGGAGCAUCAGCAAUUGUGGGUUCGAUUACAGGCUCAAAAUGGCCAGAAACAAAUAACUUUCUUCUGAAACUCAUCAGUCUAUUCUUGUUCUGAGAAAUGAAGGCUAUUCCAUGCGAGAAAUUGCCAAGAAACUAAAGAUCUAGUACAACGCUGUGUACUACUCCCUUCACAGAACAGCGCAAACUGGCUCUAACCAGAAUAGAAAGAGGAGUGGGAUGCCCCGGUGCACAACUGAGCAAGAGGACAAAUACAUUAGUGUCUAGUUUGAGAAACAGAUGCCUCACAGGUCCUCAACUGGCAGCUUCAUUAAAUAGUACCCGCAAAACACCAGUCUCAACGUCAACAGUGAAGAGGCGACUCCGGGUUGCUGACCUUCUAGGCAGAGUUGCAAAGAAAAAGCCAUAUCUCAGACUGGCCAAUAAAAAUAAAAGAUUAAGAUGAGCAAAAUAACACACACUGGACAGAGGAAGAUUGGAAAAAAGUGUUAUGGACAGACAAAUCGAAGUUUGAGGUGUUCGGAUCACAAAGAAGAACAUUUGUGAGACGCAGACCAAAUGAAAAGAUGCUGGAGGUGUGCUUGAUGCCAUCUGUCAAGCAUGGUGGAGGCAAUGUUGAGGUCUGGGGGUGCUUUGGAGGUGGUAAAGUAGGAGAUUUGUACAGGGUAAAAGGGAUCUUGAAGAAGGAAGGCUAUCACUCCAUUUUGCCAUGCCAUACCCUGUGGACGGCGCUUGAUUGGCGCCAAUUUCCUCCUACAACAGGACAAUGACCCAAAGCACAGCUCCAAACUAUGCAAUAACUAUUUAGGGAAUAAGCAGUCAGCUGGUAUUCUGUCUAUAAUGGAGUGGCCAGCACAGUCACCGGAUCUCAACCCUAUUGAGCUGUUGUGGGAGCAGCUUGACCGUAUGGUACGUAAGAAGUGCCCAUUAAGCCAAUCCAACUUGUGGGAGGUGCUUCAGGAAGCAUGGGGUGAAAUCUCUUCAGAUUACCUCAACAAAUUAGAAUGCCAAAGGUCUGCAAGGCUGUAAUUGCUGCAAAUGGAGGAUUCUUUGACGAAAGCAAAGUUUGAAGUACACAAUUAUUAUUUCUAUUAAAAAUCAUUGUUUCUAACCUUGUCAAUGACUACAUUUCCUAUGCAUUUUGCUAUAUUUCCUAUUCAAACUCAUUUCAUGUAUGUUUUCAUGGAAAACAAGGACAUUUCUAAGUGACCCCAAACUUUUGAACGGUGUUGUGUGUGUGUAUAUAUAUAUAUAUAUAUAUAUAUAUAUUACUGCUCAAAAAAAUAAAGGGAACACUUAAACAACACAAUGUAACUCCAAAUCAAUCACACUUCUGUGAAAUCAAACUGUCCACUUAGGAAGCAACACGGAUUGACAAUAAAUGUCACAUGCUGUUGUGCAAAUGGAAUAGACAACAGGUGGAAAUUAUAGGCAAUUAGCAAGACACCCCCAAUAAAGGACUGGUUUUGCAGGUGGUGACCACAGACCACUUCUCAGUUCCUAUGCUUCCUGGCUGAUGUUUUGGUCACUUUUGAAUGCUGGCGGUGCUUUCACUCUAGUGGUAGCAUGAGAUGGAGUCUACAACCCACACAAGUGGCUCAGGUAGUGCAGCUCAUCCAGGAUCGCACAUCAAUGCGAGCUGUGGCAAGAAGGUUUGCUCUGUCUGUCAGCGUAGUGUCCAGAGCAUGGAGGCGCUACCAGGAGACAGGCCAGUACAUCAGGAGACGUGGCGCACUGUGCUCUUCACAGAUGAAAGCAGGUUCACACUGAGCAUGUGACAGACGUGACAGAGUCUGGAGACGCCGUGGAGAACGUUCUGCUGCCUGCAACAUCCUCCAGCAUGACCGGUUUGGCGGUGGGUCAGUCAUGGUGUGGGGUGGCAUUUCUUUGGGGGGCCGCACAGCCCUCCAUGUGCUCGCCAGAGGUAGCCUGACUGCCAUUAGGUGAUGAGAUCCUCAGACCCCUUGUGAGACCAUAUGCUGGUGUGGUUGGCCCUGGGUUCCUCCUAAUGCAAGACAAUGCUAGACCUCAUGUGGCUGGAGUGUGUCAGCAGUUCCUGCAAGAGGAAGGCAUUGAUGCUAUGGACUGGCCCGCCUGUUCCCCAGACCUGAAUCCAAUUAAGCACAUCUGGGACAUCAUGCCUCGCUCCAUCCACCAACGCCACAUUGCACCACAGACUGUCCAGGAGUUGGCGGAUGCUUUAGUCCAGGUCUGGGAGGAGAUCCCUCAGGAGACCAUCCGCCACCUCAUCAGGAGCAUGCCCAGGCGUUGUAGGGAGGUCAUACAGGCACGUGGAGGCCACACACACUACUGAGCCUCAUUUUGACUUGUUUUAAGGACAUUACAUCAAAGUUGGAUCAGCCUGUAGUGUGGUUUUCCACUUUAAUUUUGAGGGUGACUCCAAAUCCAGACCUCCAUGGGUUGAUACAUUUGAUUUCCAUUGAUCAUUUUUGUGUGAUUUUGUUGUCAGCACAUUCACCAGUAUUUAAUAAGAUUAUUUCGUUCAUUCAGAUAUAGGAUGUGUUAUUUUAGUGUUCCCUUAAUUUUUUUGAGCAGUGUGUGUGUGUGUAUAUAUAUAUAUAUAUAUAUAUAUAUAUAUAUAUAUAUAUAUAUAUAUAUAUAUAUAUAUAUAUAUAUAUAUAUAUAUAUAUAAUUUUUUUUUUUAAACGGUUUUGCUAAUUUCUCUUGUGUUUACAGGUGAAGUCCCAGCUUCACACCUGUAUCAGCAGACACCUGGAGUCUAUGCGUUCCCGUGAGGUGUGGCUGCUGGAGCAGAUUGACCUUGUGGAGCAGCUAAAGGGAGAGGCUCUGCAGGCACAGCUAUAUCAGCUUCACUGGGUGAGUAUUACCCCAGUGUCUGCACACUCACUGCAAGAUUCUCUGUACUGCACAGUGUCUGCUCAGAAACCUCUGAAGAUCAAGUUCUAUUUUGUCUCUUACUUCAGUGACCACCUCUUCGUGUUAAUGGUGCCCAGUCUGACCUUCUCCUUUUCUCUCCCUCUCUCUUUUGCCCACAGCUCCGAGGCCAGUUUGACAUUCUCAUUCAUCAGCUGGAAAACUCCAACAGCAACGAUCUGGCCAACCAGCUCACCAGCUGCAUGGAAAAGUAAGAGCCGGCACAGUGGCCUCUGUCUUCGAUUGAAUGUAGUUUGGGAGUCGGCAUUCGCAAUAUAGACAUGGCGCUUGAGCAAUCAUUUCAGCCUUUCUGUAUUUGCUUCCAUAAUACCGCUAUAAUUUUCAGUUAGACUUAGUCACAGGUUAGAACCUGAAGCUUGGAAUGCGUUAGUAGAGGAUGACAAGAUGUGUGGGGUGAAUUUUGGGCGGAGUACUAAAAUGUCUCCUCUCUGUGUGUUCAGGUUAUCUUCUCUGAACCUGACUCCUGAGGAAACCCCUGAGAUGAGCUUCCAAGCUGACACUCGUUCCCUGCGUCAGGCCAUCACCUCCUUUGGCACCAUUGCCACCCAGGUACGUGACCCACUGGGAGCUACAAGCAGAAAUGCACACAUAGCUUAUGUUUACUAAAGGUAUAUUUAAUACGGUUUUGACAUGUGCAUUUAUAUUUAAUAUAUCAGUAGUAGUCAAGGAAAGAGUGUUAGAAAAUAAUUCUGAUGUUCUUUGGAGGUAUACAAUUGCAUGUUAUCAAUAUGCUGGGGAUUGGAGUUUGAGAUAACAUAGUGAUUGUAUUGGUUAUGCUGUCCUAGAUGACUGACUGCCUUGUGGCCUAGUUCCUCGAUCCAUGUUAUGUGUUACUGCUUCUUACAUAAUACCCUGACAUCUCCCACAUGUUCUUUCACUAUUGAUAUAAUGUUCAUAACUUCCCUUUCCCCUCCCCAGCACAUGGAAGGAGGCCCCGGGCUGAAUAUCGCCUCUCAAAGCUCAAAUACCAGUGAGCGACAAUGGCUUCAGCAGGGUUGUCCAAUCGCAGCUAAGAAACAGGUUUGUACCUUGAUAAUGUCACAGAUAACACUUUUCCAUGUAAAGCGGUGACUCCUCUGGUAUGCAUGCAUGGAGUCCCCACACACACAGAAGGACACUACUGACAUGACCACUCAUUUUUUUUUUGUAGAGGGUGGAGUCUGCACCUCUUGCCGACUGGCUCCUUGGAAACCGUCCAGAGACUACAGCCCCAGUUGGAUACCAGUCAAGCAAGAACCCACAGGAUUGGUUGAUCACUCGCAGGGAUGUUCAGGUGAGACCAGAUGGUGGGAAAUUAACUUCUUUAGUUUAUCUCAAAUCUGCUCAGAGAAGCAGGAUGAACUUUUAAUUAACAUUUACCAUAUCUAAUUUCACAUGAAAACCACUUGGAUUCCAUUGGAAGUUAAUAAGUCAAAAUAGUGUUGAAAUUUAGAGUUGCAGGGCUGAUUACACCCAGACUAUCACAGGGUGUGUUUUUAGCAUCUGGACUAAAGUUGUAUUUUUCCUCUGUCCUCCAGUCAUCUUGCCCCAUGGCCCCCUUUUACUUCCACAAGCCCUGGGGCCAGCUGAAGGAUCUGGAGAUGUGGCUGCAAAAGGAGAAGACUCCCAUCAGAGAGAGAACCAGCUGUAGUACCAGCAGCAGCUCAACCUUCUCCAUCGAGAAAAUCGAUGAGUUUGAGAUAGACAUGGCUCUGGAGGUAGAGGUGGGCCGAGAGGAGGAGGAAGAGAGGGCCAAUACAGAUGACCUGAGCGACUGGCUCCUCACCCCGGCAACCGUUGCCAAGGAAACCACCAGCAAGAGCUGCCAGGCAUCUGACCCUGACAGGUGGAAGCAGGUCUUCAAGCCUUUCCAGGAGGGCUUCUCCUCCAGCGAGUGGCUGCCCAAAUCCGACUGCGGCUCGUGCUGUGCCACCCGCACCAAGUCCGUGGAGAUUGAGAAUCUGGGCAAACUCUUGUGCCUGAAGACCCUCCCAGCCUCAGCAGCCAUCACCCCUGCUGCUACCCCCGCCUCCACCACACCCCAAACCCCCAACACACCCAGCCCUGUGGAGAUCUGGCUGCAGCAGGCCAUUCCAGUACAGCAGUCGUGCAAAGCCAACGAGUCCUGCUCCAGCUACUCUCAAUGUGUGUGUGACGAGAACUGCGGCAAAGAAGCCCUCUGCGCCUGGCUCCUCAAGAAGGAGGGUCGGGACAAGAACGGGGUCUCUGUGGACAAGAACAACCCCAGCAAGCAGUCCACCCUCUACAACCAAGAACAGAAGGUUCAGGCCAUCCUGGAGGCCUGGCUCUACCCUAGCAAGCCUCGCAAGACCAUGGGCUCCACAUCCCCAGUCCUGUCAUCUCUCUCAGCCUGGGUGUCUCCACCAGCCUCCCAGGGUGAGAAGGCCAGCAUGGAGGAACACUGCUCCCAGUUCAAUGGCCCCAAGUCAGAAAGCCCCUUAAGCAAACCACUGCAGCCAGAGUGCUGGGUUUUACCUGAGAAGACACACAUUAGCACUGCUGCCACACCGAGUCAGGAGAGUACAAAGGAGCAACCCAGCACAGAACCAGAGGAGGACAAGUGGCUUCUACGCAAGAGGGCCAAUGCUCAGGUAAGGUUAUGGAUCAUGAACUGAUUGGACAAACUCGCGUAUAGUAGUCUUUGCAUUCUUAGUUUUGUAAUCUGUCAACCAGUGAAUCUAUUUAAGCCUCAAGCAAAAGCUGGGUCACUGACAUACUGUGUUCCUUGGUCUGAUUUCAGGAGCGACAUGCCCUUCCCACAGUAUGUGAUCUAUUUUCCUGUAUGAAAAUUGGUGGAGACAAAGAGAAGUGGCUACACAGGGUCCCUAUACAGGUAAGAAUCUUAAUAGUCCCCAAGGGGUGCACCUUUUGGUUUUUGCCCUAGCGCUACAAAGCUGACUCAAAUAAUCAAUGCUUGAUGAUGAGUUGAUUAUUUGAAUCAGCUUUGUAGUGCUAUGGCAAAAACCAAAAGGUGCACCCCUUGGGGUCACCAGGACCAAGUUUGGGAAAUGCUGAAAUAGUCAUUCAUAUUUCUCUGAACACCAACAUGGGAUUAUUUUGGUCCAUUUUGUUAAUUAUUUUUUCCUGAAUUAAUUAGACUUCCUUUCCCUGUCUUUUCCAGAUGUGACAAGUAUAUCCAGUAGUUUUUUAAAAAUAUUUUCUUUGAGGAUUCUAUUGUGGAGCCACUUAAAAGCUGAUCAUCGCACACACUGUCUUGAUUCGCCUUUCCCUACAAUUCUCUUCUGGGACUGGGCUUUUUUCUUUUCCUUUCUUUCUUGUCAUGGAGAUGUGCCUCCCACCCCCAGUCUGAAGUAGACUGGGGUUUGUGGAGCUACUGCCAGUUGACCAUUAUCUGAUUGUUCUGAGCAUUUAGGUCUGAUGGAAUUCUGUGAAUUUGCCUUCUAUAAUCACAGUAGAGUUCUCAAUGCCAUGUCAAGCUAGCAAGAUUAGCCUUGGAUCUAAAGCUAAUCCUCAAUGUGAUUGAAAAUCACUAGUCUCGAGAAAGGACCAGCUGACAUGAAUAUGUCAAAUUAUUUUCCUUUGGUUUGGGGUGAUGGGAGUGAGGUAGGAGGUUUGGGUGCGACAGAAAGAAGAUAUUUUAAUCAACCAUAUUUUAGGAAAUACUUGUUUUUAUGGAAUGUGGUAAAGGGUUCUCAAAUGUACAUCAUUAAUAUGAGUGGCAGGUCAUUGUAGUGGUCUUCACAGGAUUCCAUCAGUCUGUGACUAUGCCUUGUGGGUAUUUAGUUAACCCCUCAUACUCAAAUAAGAGUAUCAAGUAAUGUAAGCAAAGCUAUUCUUUUCAUUGAUUUCUAUUUAAUUGUAUAUGUAUUCUUCUGAUCUUACAUGCUAAACCUAAAGUUAUUCACAAUUACCAAUAAAUCUACCCUUAUCGCACUACCAUAACUCUAUAGAGCUCUGGUUUAUGUGCCUAAAGUUCGCUUCAUUGUAUUUAGCGGAUACAU